AUGUCCUUAGCGGAAGGCGCCUCUGACACAGAACAUAGGCAGGAAGACUCUAAGAAAUCCGAUAAACCACGCGGUUCGAUGUCAGACCCAUACAUGUGGAAAGAGCAGAUCCAUACGUUGAUGAAGGGCGGAGAUAGUGAAUCUGAUAUAUCGGAUUCCGAGCACUUCCUCACCAAAGGAGCCUUCCUCCUCACGCCCUCUCAUGGCCUUAGCAUGGAGAAGGCGUCCGCUAUAUGCGAGAAAAUGGAAUUCAAAGGUUGCUUUUCUCUCACAAAAACCGCUACAGGUAUCUUAUUCAAAUUCUCCAGCGUCGACGACUACCAGAUGGUGUUCAAGAAAGGCUUCCAUAAAGUUACAGGAUCCAGAUUUUAUAGAAAGAUAGCUAUACCCUGCCGUCCUCAGAAGACUUUCACGAUUUACGUGUAUGAUAUACCCGACGAGGUGCCUGAAGAAGAUGUUCGUCAUGCCCUGUUCAAGUUUACAUCCGUCGUGGAGGUGGUGCGUCUGCAUUUCACUGGAUCACCACGCGAAGGUAACACUGGUACAUCAACCCCAAAACCUUUGGAGAAAACUCCAAGUCGUGCCAUAACCAGUAUCGAUGGAGAAUUGGUGAGCAGUAUGGUACCGAAAGAAGCUUCUAGUGUGAUGAGGAUCACGCUCGCCAAUAUAGAAGAAGCUAACAUCCUUCUUCAAAACGGUCUGGACUUCUACGGAGCAACAUAUUUCCCGACUGAGUUGGCGACACCGGCGCAGGCAGCUAAACUCGUGAAGCCUAGCAGGGGCUAUCUUUCCAGGGUUACUGGUGGCACUGUAUCUGCCAGGGUCCGUGACUUGUUGCCAGUUUUUGAUCAGCAGGGAUUCACCAAGUUUGCUCCACCGGCUUCAAGACUUGUAAAGCCACGAUCCAAGUGA